AUGGUUCUCCUCAUCGUCAAGAGAUCGGAAGCUCAGCAGUUUCUGUAUGAAGUCCCCGCUGAUACCGUUGUGGAGGAAGCUCUGCAGCGCGUUGUCAACGUCAACAAUUUGCGUUACAAGAUACAGAGGCUGAAGGAGGGAGGCGAAAAGCUUCAUCUGGCUGACUCUGACAGUCAAAUGGGCUCUGCAGACGAUGCAAGAAGCGUUUGUGCACCAGAUCAGGCAGAGGCGCUGCAGAGGAGAUUGGCUGCAGCAGAACAGCUGCAGCAUAAGGACCAGGUAGGGAAGAAGGUGGCCCUCACGGAAGCCUCGCUGGAGGAAGCUGUGGAUGACAUCAGACAUGCUGUGGCUGAAGCUUUUCCCGACGGGCUUCUCUUAGAUAAUCCACUCAUGCGGGCACUAGACGGGACCGAGGACCUUGCAGAGACAUCGGUGGUGGUAAAGUUGCAGCGCGCUGGAUAUGGCCCACCACCCCGAGAGCCGGCUGUCGAUGAGGAGACGCAGAAGGCGAUGUUGGCGUACUACUAUAAGAAGCAGGAAGAUCAGAAGAGGCUGGCUGCGGAUGACACUAGGUAUUAUGACUCUGCCUGGGCGAAUCCAAGGAGUCUCAAAAAUCAAUUUUCAGGUAUAGGGGACGUGCGCCUGUCAUAG